AUGGUGUUCCCAGAUGGAAAUGAAAAUAAUUCUUUACAAAAUUCUACUGGGAAGUUGGACAUCCCAUUACAGCCAAUCCCUAAGAAAUCAAGGAUAAUCAAAACUGAUAAACCAAGACCUUUACUGUGUCCCACUUGCUCAAGAGGCUUUGUAAGACGUGAACAUCUGAAGAGACAUCAAAGGGCUCAUACAAAGGAAAAACCAUUCGUUUGCGUAUUCUGUGGGAGAUGUUUCGCUAGAAGAGAUUUAAUUAUAAGACAUCAAAAUAAGUUACAUUUCGAUAUUUUAAAUUCAUCAUCCUCUUCAUCAAAUAAUUCAACUGCUACUGUAGGCUCUGCAACAAACACUAUCGAUCCAGAUGAAUACAUCAUUAAAAUGAAUGGUAAUACAUUAUCUGUAUUGCCUAUUCCUAUACAAAACGAUGUGACAAAUGUUUACAGUUCAUUGUCAUCCUCUUUAUUAAACGGUGCAAGAGCAAAUUUAAAUGGUACCAUCACUUCAAGUAAUGGUAAAUUAGUUAAACAAAAUAGUGGUACAAAUGUAUUCAUAAUGGAAAAUAACUUUACCAAAUCAAACAAGAAGAAGAAGUAUAAAAUUAUUCCUCAGAAGGCUUCUGACAUUGUAAAUAAAAUUGGAAAUAAAGAACCUAUCUUUCAAAAUAAAAUUUUGCCAUUGCCAUUACAAUAUACUUCUAAUGUCAGUAAUUCCAAUAAUACUAAUAUUAUAGAUAAUAAUAAUAAUCAACCGCUGACGAUAACUAAUAAUGAUAAUAAUAGCAAUGAUAAUACUAACAUCAACACUACUACAUCGAAUAAUACCAAUAACCUUGUCACAGCGUUUAAUAACACCCCAAACAUAAACAAUGUCAUCAUAAAUAGUAGUAAUAUAACUGGCAAUAGCACUGCUACUGCUCCGACCACCAAUAAUAAUAAUUUAAAUAUUGAAAAGAACUUUAAUUUCUUUAACGAAUCUCUAAGAGGUUUGAUAAUUACCCAAAAUAAUUUAUCUCAAGAUCUUUUCCCAAGUGCAAUACAAUUGAAUCACUAUAUUGAUUUAUAUUAUAGACAUUUCAAUAAUUAUUAUCCGUUUAUACAUUUAUUCUCUAUCAAUCCAUCAAUUGAAAAUUAUCCAUUGUUAAUAUCAUUAGCUUCAUUAGGUUCACUUUAUGAUAAAUUACAGAAUAAUGAUUAUCAAAUACUGUAUAAAAUUGCAUGGUUAAAUAUUAAGAAUUUUCUAGAAAUUACUAAAAAUAAUCAUGAAUCAACACCAUUAUGGGUUAUUCAAGGUAUUGUAUUACUUACAUUUGUUAAUAUCUAUACAGAUGAAAUUAAAAAUACAAAUCUAUUACAAUCGAAAUUGUUUGCAUUAAUAAGAUUGGUUAAAAUUACAAAAUUAAAUAUACCAUUGAAUCAAUUUGUAAUGCCGCCACAGUUACCACCUCCUAAUUCAAAUAAUUUAGAAGACAUUAAUGAUUUCUUUAAUUAUUUUGUCUUAUCACAAUCAAGAAUAAGAACCUGUCAUAUAAUUUUAGUCAUGUCAAAUUUCCUUUCAACUUUCUUUGGUUGGGAUUGUUUACUACAUUCAAUUGAUUUGAAAUGCGGAAUACCUUAUGUGAAUGAUGAUAUCUUCAAUUAUGACAAUUCAAUUUUAUGGUUUAAAAAUUUAAAUGCAUCCUUUUUCACUGAUUCUUCAAGCUUUACCGACUCUAAAAUUCAUAAUCUAGGUAACGUUCUUAUAGAUAAUCAUCAUUAUGAAAACGGUUUACGAUAUUUAGUAAAUGGGAUAGAUGACAAUUUAGAAUGUAAAGAAUUUUCAACAAAGUUUCUAUUAUCUUUACUAAUAUCAAUUCAUGAAAAAAUUUAUAUCGAAAGGAAGAAAUUUAAUUUUAAAGUCAUUAAUUGUCUCUAUGAUAUGGAUUGGAGAAUGAAUACAAGACCACUAAUAAAUUCAAUAUUGAAAAAUUGGGAGAAAUUAUUUCUGAAGAAUAAUAAUGGUUUCAGUUAUAGCAUUCAUAAUGAUAAUCAAGACUUGCAAUUAUUAAUACCACUUUAUUGGACUGCAAAGAUUAAAGAAUGUGUGGAUAUUUCAUUUGUUCUAAACAAAGCCAUAUCUGGGGACUGGCAAUCGAUGAAUUUAAGCUUAGAAGAACUGUAUUUGGAAUGGGAAUCAUUACGUGAAGCUACUGAUAUAGGUUUAAAUUUGAUUCAAUUUAACAUAGAUUCCGUUUUAAUAUUUUUAAACAAAAAUAAUUUUAAUCCAAUUCCUAAAACAUUUAUGACGCCUGCAAUCUAUUUGAUUUCCAUGUUUAAAACAAUUUUUACUAUUUCAGAAUAUAUGUUAAGAGUUGAAAAAGCUGUCUAUAAUAUACAUAUUCUACCACCAGUGGAUCCAGUUUUCUCAUCAGUAUCAAGAAUUGUUUGGCUUAAAUGUGAAAAGAUUUUUUCAAAUGUAGAAUCUUUAUUGGUACCUAAUGGUUAUAAUAUAGAUAAUUUUAAUGAAUUCAUCGAUAAGCCAAACAAACUAAAACAAUUUAGUUUUGAACUAUUAAAUGAUUCAUUAGCAGAAAAGGCAAUGAGUUCGGAUGUUGACAUAGAUGAAACUGUAAGGCUGAUAGUUUCAUUUAAUAUGUCGAUUCGUUGUCUGUAUUUGGGAUCAAUUAUUAUAGAGAAUAUGUCACAACUGCCACUCUCAAGAUUCCUGUCACAAGCAUUACAAGCAAGAGCAACAUUUAUUGCAAGAAUGAAGAGUUAG